AUGUUUGUCCAGGUGUGCCUGUACUUCUACUGCAAAUGCUUGUGGCGUUGCCUGAAAUUUGUGGUCAGGAAGCUAACAGGUCAAUGUGAAUUGCAGAGGAUCUGUUACAAUACCAAACCUGGAGCUGCCAGAACUAUGAAAAUAGAGGCAUCACUGAAAGCUUCAAAAAGUAAGCGGCUGCAAAGUUCAGUAAGUGUUCACCCUGAUGCUAUUGAAAAAACAAUAGAUGACAUCAUGGAGCUGAAAAGGAUUAAUCCAGAUAUAAACCCACAGUUGGGAGUAUCUCUUCAGGCCUGUCUGCUGCAGAUUGUGGGGUACAGAAAUCUAAUUGCAGAGGUUGAAAAGCUGCGCCGAGCACCGUAUGAUUCAGAAAACCCGCAACAUGAGGAAAUGCUUCUGAAGUUGUGGAAAUGCUUGAAGCCAAAUUCACCACUGAAAGCUCGGAUUUCGAAGCAGUGGUGUGAAAUUGGUUUCCAAGGUGACGAUCCUAAAACAGACUUCAGAGGGAUGGGUCUCCUGGGCUUAUAUAACUUGGCGUAUUUUGCUGAAUGGGACACUGAGAUAGCUCAGCAAGUUUUGUCUGAUUCUCUGCAGCCUAAAUACAGGGAAAUCACUAAGAAGGAACUAAGCCAAUUGAGCAAAGCGGAAUGGGAGAAGAAAAAGUUUGAUAAGGCAAUCGGUUACUCCUUUGCUAUUGUGGGCAUUAACAUAACAGACCUCGCAUACAACCUGCUUGUGAGUGGAGCUCUGAAAACUCAUUUCUACAACGUUGCACCAGAAGCACCAACAUUAACUCACUUUCAGCAGACAUUCUGCUACUUAAUGCAUGAAUUCCACAAGUUCUGGGUUGAAGAGGAUCCUCUGGACAUAAUGGAGUUCAAUCGUGUCAGAGAGAAAUUUCACAAGCAGAUCCUGAAACAGCUCCAGAACCCAGAGAUGGCUCUGUGUCCUCAUUUUGCUGCAUCAGAAAAUUUAAUCAAUAUGUAG